GUAUUUAGACUGAAUAUUUUACCGGAUUUGGAUCAUCUCGACCUUUGCCAACGUUUGAGGACCGGUUAUUGGAACACAGCGAGGCUUCAAAGAUUUCCUUCGACUGGUCUGGCUCUUUCUGUUUGUUCCUGGGUUGAUGGAAUAAAUACAGUCAGGUGUGUCUGUUCAGACCUCCAUCAGACCCACUACGUCCUGCUACCAACGCCAUGCUCUGCUUCAGCCUCAGCUGCACACUGCUCUUGGCAGCGACCUUCCUCACAGCAGGUGUUUCCACAGAGAGUGUUAUCACCUGUGAUGACGGCUUCAGUGUUCAACGCCUCAAUUGUGACGCCGGAGUGAUCAGUGUGCAGGCAGCUCUGUAUGGACGUGCAGACACUGAGACCUGCAGCGAAGGAAAACCUCCACAACAGCUUUCCAACACAAAGUGCUCUCAGCAGGGCGUCGUGGACGUCCUCAAGAAAAGGUGUGAUGGAAAGAAAGUGUGUGAACUGAACACAAAAAUCGUCCGGACUUCUGAUCCCUGCAGAGGCAUCUUUAAAUAUUUGGAGACCAACUACACCUGCUUCCCUGCGGUUCACCUUGUUAUAUGUGAGCACACUUCGGCACUCCUACAUUGUGAUGUAGGUCAGGUCAUAUUUGUGUACGGUACUGAUUAUGGACGCCGUGACCGAACAACAUGCUCCCACCAACGACCUGCCUCUCAGGUCCAACAGAUCGACUGCUCAAGUCCAACUAGAAAAGUGGCUGAAAGCUGUAAUGGGAAAAACAGUUGUAUUAUCAGAGCAAGCAACUCAGUGUUUGGAGACCCCUGUGUCGGCACUUACAAGUACCUGGAGGUGGCUUACAGCUGUCAAUAUCCUGUCUGAACAUAUUGGAAUCACAGUAAUAUCACAAUGUUCUCUAGAUGAGGAAGAUUGACACCCAGUCAACAAAAUGUCUCAAGUGCAGUUAAACUAAUCAAGUUUCAUUUAACUGGGUUGAACUGUAUUGAUUUUGUUUCAUAUAUUAUUGUUGUGAUGCAUUUUUUCACCUUAUGUAAUGCACU